CGGUGGCGUAGGUUUACACAGUGUGGAGCGCGCUAUAAGUAAGAGAUGAGCGCUGUGUGUGUAUGUUAGAGAUCUUCUGAAGACCUGAAAGCAAAGCAGGAACAUGAUCAACUGGAGGGCUUUGGAAAAUGUUCCCCUGCUGUUCUACAUUCUGGCAGCCAAGACUCUUCUCUUGUGUCUUGCGUUUGCUGGAGCCAAACUGUAUCAGCAAAGGAAAGCAGAAGCCGCACUGAAACAGCAGUUAGAGGCGAAGAGAAAACUUGCACAGGAAACACAGGAACUGAUUGACAACAAGAAGGAUGACUGAACAGCUUGGAGCGCUCGAGAGAGCAGAAUAAACAGAUGAUGUACAAACACACACGCUCUCCGUGGAGAAAGUGCUGAAAAAAAGCCAUGUGUGGAGCUGCUUCCUUAGUUUACCCGGAGCUAAUCAAUGUUGUGUGCUACAUUUUUAUACUAUACUAUUAUUUAUUGCACUGUGAAGCCUGUUUAUAAAAAUGAAAUAUAAAUAAAUAAAAUGGAUACCUUUUAGACCAUUUA